AUGGCCUCGGUCCAGGGACCUGAGUCAGCAGAAAGAUCCGCCCACCGUUUUGAGGACGUUGAGACAGAGAAGAUAUGUGAGGAAACCGUGGAUGACAUCACACAGAGAGUUAAAGGGAAACUGAAAGCCAGUCUGAAGAAGAAGUUUAGAUGUGCGUUUGAAGGCACAGCUGAGGAACAACCUGGACUUGAUAGCGUUUACACACAGCUCUACAUCACACAAGAAGAGGUUCAUAAAGAACAUGAGGUUCAACGGAUUGAAUAUACAUCCAAGAGAAACAUAUCAGACACUCCAAUAAACUGCAAUGACAUCUUCAAACCAUUACCUGGAGAAGAGAAGAGACCCAUCAGAACUGUAAUGACAAAGGGAAUCACUGGCAUUGGAAAAACAAUCUCUGUACAUAAGUUCAUCCUCGACUGGGCAGAAGGAACUGCCAAUCAAGAUGUUGAUUUCAUCUUUGUUCUUCCUUUCCGAGAGCUGAAUUUGAUUCAAGAUGAGCAGUACAGUCUUCAUGGACUUCUGAAUGAAUUCCACCCUGAACUAACAGAGAUAGUAGAAGCAAAGAUUUAUGCUACCUGCAAAGUUCUGUUCAUCUUUGAUGGUCUGGAUGAAAGCCAACUGCCUGUGGAUUUUGAAAAACACAAGAGGGUGACUGAUGUUACACAGACAACAUCGGUGGAUGUGCUGCUGACAAACCUCAUCAAGGGGAAUCUGCUUCCUAAAGCUCUCCUCUGGAUAACCUCCAGACCAGCAGCAGCCAAUCAGAUCCUGCGUCAGUAUAUCAGCAAGGUGACAGAAGUACGAGGGUUCAACGACAAACAGAAAGAAGAGUACUUUAGGAAGAGAUUCACAGAUCAGAACCGGGCCAGCAGAAUCAUCUCACACAUUAAUACAUCAAGGAGCCUCCACAUCAUGUGCCACAUACCAGUCUUCUGUUGGAUUACUGCCAGGGUUCUUGAGCAAAUGUUGAGUGAUGAUAAGAGCAGAGAGAUCCCAACUCUGACAGAGAUGUACAAUCACCUUCUACUCAUUGAGACAAACCUGAAAAGCAAGACGUAUAGUGGGGAAAAGGAGACAGAUCUGACCAUAAUCGUAGAAAGAAACAAAGAAAACAUUGUGAAAGUGGCUCAACUGGCAUUUAAACAGCUGGUGAAGGGCAAUCUCAUAUUCUAUAAGAAAGACCUGGAGGAGUGUGGCAUUGAUGUCAGUGAAGCCUCAGUGUACUCUGGGUUUUGCACAGAAAUCUUGAAAGAAGAGUAUGGGUUGUAUCAGAAGGAGGUGUACUGCUUUGUUCACCUGAGUUUCCAGGAGUUCCUUGCUGCUCUGUUCGUGUUCCACUGCUGUGUGAGCAAGAACAUCAAGGCCCUGGAGUCUUUCAUUGGGGAUGUGUCUUCAGAGCUGCCCUUGCAUGAGCUGCUGAAGAUGAUGGUGGAUAAAGCCUUGGAGAGUGAGAAUGGACACCUGGACCUGUUCCUCCGCUUCCUUGUUGGCAUCUCAACAGAAUCCAACCAGAGACUGUUACAAGACCUACUGCCACAAACAGAGAUCAGCUCAGAGACUGUUGACGAAAUUAAGAAAUACCUCAGGGAGCCAAAUGUAGAGCAAGUUUCACCUGAUAGGUACAUCAAUCUACUCAUCUGCUUGACUGAGAUGAAAGAUGAUUCAGUACAUGAGGACAUUGACCAGUUCCUGAAGUCUGGAAAACCUGCAGAAAUAGAAAGGUCACCUGGUGACUGCUCAGCUCUGGCCUGUGCGCUGCUGAUAUCAAAGGGCGUGCUGGAUGAACUUGACCUGCAGAGAUACAACACAUCUGAGGAGGGGCGUUUGAGACUGAUCCCAGCUGUGAGGAAUUGCAGAAAGGCAAUACUUCCUGGCUGUGAACUUACUGAGUGGUUUUAUGAAGUGUUGGCCUCAGUUCUCAGCUCAAAUGACUCUCACCUGAAAGAGCUGGACCUGAGUAACAAUGACCUGCAGGAUUCAGGAGUGAAGCUGCUCUCUGCUGGACUAGGGAAUCCACACUGUCAACUAGAGACACUGAGGAUGUCAUUCUGUAGAGUCACAGAGGAAGGCUGUGCUUCUCUGGCUUCAGCUCUGAGGUCAAACCCCUCCCACCUGAGAGAACUGGACCUGAGCUUCAAUCACCCAGGAGACUCUGGAGUGAAGCUGCUCUCUGCUAGACUGGAGGAUCCACACUGUAGACUGGAGAAACUCAAGUUAGAUCUCACACUGGACCCAAACACAGCACACAGAAACCUCUCUCUGUCUGAGGGGAACAGAAGGGUGGAGAGGGUUAAAGAGGAGCAGCCGUAUCCUGAUCACCCAGAGAGAUUUGAUUUAGUUCCCCAGGUGCUGUGUAGAGAGGGUCUGACUGGGCGCUGUUACUGGGAGGUCGAGUGGAGCGGGCUGGCUGACAUAGGAGUGACAUAUAAAGGCAACAGCAGAAAAGGAGACGGUUCUUUCUGUGACUUUGGAUACAAUAACAAGUCCUGGCGUCUGGCCUGCCGUGGGAAUCAUUACAUUGCUCUCCACAAUAAUGAAUAUACUACUAUACCUGCACCACACCUCAUCAACCCUCCUCAACCCCAGGGAGACCUGUCCUCCUCCCCUUCACACCUCAUCAACCCUCCUCAACCCCAGGGAGACCUGUCCUCCUCCGCUCCACACCUCAUCAACCCUCCUCAACCCCAGGGAGACCUGUCCUCCUCCACUCCACACCUCAUCAACCCUCCUCAACCUCAGGGAGACCUGUCCUCCUCCCCUCCACACCUCAUCAACCCUCCUCAACCCCAGGGAGACCUGUCCUCCUCCCCUCCACACCUCAUCAACCCUCCUCAACCCCAGGGAGACCUGUCCUCCUCCGCUCCACACUUCAUCAACCCUCCUCAACCCCAGGGAGACCUGUCCUCCUCCCCUCCACACCUCAUCAACCCUCCUCAACCCCAGGGAGACCUGUCCUCCUCCCCUCCACACCUCAUCAACCCUCCUCAACCCCAGGGACCACGCCUCAGAGUAGGAGUGUUUCUGGACUGGCCGACCGGCACUCUGUCGUUCUACAAGGUCUACUGUGGCUUGAUGACCCACCUGUACACAUUCCAGACCAUAUUCACAGAGCCCCUCUAUCCCACUUUUGGGCUUCAGCAUCCUCACACCUCUGUGUCCCUCGGGUUUGCCAGCAAUCCUGUAUCAUCUGAGGACACCCGCUGUCCAGAUGAGAUCCUGAAAAUGGCAGAAAUAUGCAGAGAAGAAGAAGGAAAAGAGGAAGAUGAUGAUGAAGAAAAAUACAACAGAGAAGCGUGUAUGUAA